AUGUCACGACCCGGGAAACUAAGACCCGCGGUCGGCCACGCCACAACCGCUCACGCCAAUGCCGUGCGAACCGGGAAACAAAGCCUCGCGGCCGCGCAACCUGUCUCGCGUACCACGGCCGAUGGCACCGUCCGAGCCGGGAAACUACGUCCCGCGUCCGGCCGAGAAUUCAUCGGCCAAGUCUUCAUCCGUCCGACCACAGCGGCCGACCACGAGUGCAUGACUAGGAAGUCCAACAAGGACAACCUAGUUGAACAUCCGGAGAUAGACAAGCUCGAGAAGCUACUUAGGAAGCAAAAUGCCCAAUAG